AGGCAAAUACACUUGAAUAGUUUCAAGUUUUCAACAGUCAAAUUUCAAUGAUACGACUAUUUAACUGCUAAGGCACAAGUUGUAUUUCCUAAAACAUUGUAAAAGUUAGCAACUUUGAUUAAACAUAGAAUCCAUAUAAACGAUUUAGCAUCUCAAAUUCAUCGUCUUCACCUCACCGAUUGGAUCCAAGUUGUUGGCAAGUAUUCUCUGUGCGUGUCCAAUUCCUUCUCCAAAUUUUAGCUUACAGAUUGUCAAUUUCAAAAACCCUAACCCUGAAAAAAAAACCAAAAAAUUCAAGAUUGAAAGUGCCAUAAAACCUACAUAGCAUACCCAAGAUGGAAGUGAAAUUGUGGAAUGAUAAGCAUGAAAGAGAAAUGUAUGACAACUUUGCCGAGCUUUUCGCCAUUAUUAAGGCCACUGAGAAGCUUGAAAAGGCUUACAUUAGGGACAUUAUCUCCCCUUCAGACUAUGAAACUGAAUGCUUUAAAUUGAUUGCCCAUUUCAAAACCCUUUCAUCUUCAUUGAAGGACACAGUCCCCAGCAUUGAGAAAUUUGUUGAUGUGUAUAAGAUGGACUGCUCAGCUGCUUUGAAUAGGCUUGUGACUUCUGGGGUGCCUGCUACAGUAGAGCAUAGGGCAGCUUCUGCUGCUUCUUCCACCACUUCAGCUGCCACAGUGGCCGAAUGUGUUCAGAACUUCAUCACGUCGAUGGACUCGUUGAAAUUGAAUAUGGUCGCAGUUGAUCAGGUGUAUCCCCUGUUGUCAGACCUCUCAACGUCGUUGAAUAAGCUUAGUAUAUUGCCACCUGAUUUUGAGGGGAAGACCAAAAUGAAAGAGUGGCUUGGACGGUUGUCUAAGAUGGGUGCUGCUGAUGAACUGACUGAGCAACAAGCAAGGCAGCUUCACUUUGAUCUUGAGUCUUCGUACAAUUCUUUCAUGGCUGCUUUACCUAGUGCUGGAAAUUGAUUCAUUUAGAUGAGCAGUGAGCUUGUAAAUAAUUAUCUAUACUAUGUGGUGUUCUUUGUAUAAUCGAGUCGAUACAUGUUGCUGUUUUUUUGCUGAAGUGUGAAGGAUGAUAUUGUUUCCUUCAAAGUUGGAUGGAUUUAUGAAGCUAGAGAUGUAGGAGAACUUUUGUACCAUUGAAUUGACAAAAAUAUGUUAAAGAGCACACGUUGUUCCUUGUUUUGUUCA